AUGUGUGCUGUAGAUCACCGCAUCUGCGAGGCACGCAUUGCGCGAUUCCGUGUCACCCUAAAUGCCUCCCUUUCAAUGAGCCUUCAUGCUCGUCGCAAGACUUAUUCGUCAACAUUUCGAUCGGACUGGGUCGUUCCCGAUGGCCCGAAGAGUGACGAGGGGGAUUCUGCGCGUCUCGAUUCCCUCGUCGCUCCCGGCAAUGGCGACUCUGCCGCCGGGAUACCCUCACGCGUGAGUGGCGAAGCUGAUAGCAAAGCGCCUGGGGAAUUCGUCAAGAGAGAGGGAUUUUCGUCCAAAACAGAGCCAUGCCCGCCCAAGCCCAGGCUAACUGCGAACCAUGAACGGCUUAAGCCUCGAUACUCCACCUUUCACGCGAACGAUUGGACUGUUCCGGGCCCUCCCAGCGAGAGAUGGGCUGCUCCAACUACGUCCGAACCGGUCGACGUCGCAUCGGACGCGACCGACCACAUGGAUAACGAGGAACGCGCUCAGCACCGCGCAACGCAUCGUCGGUGGUUUCAUAAACGGUCGCACCGGCAGGAUUCCACGAACAUGCCGGAUCCCACAAAGCUCAAUGGCUCAAUAACUCGCCCGUCCAGCGCUGGCUCCGGCUACGAUGCGCCCCCGAAACCGCCGAGCUUCGCGCCAACGUAUUCCCCGGCUUGAUGACCACAGCAAGUCUCGUCCGCACCACAAGUCUGGAGGAGAUAACUACAAAGUCUACGGAGCAAUGGGCACCAUGACUCGUUAAUACAUGGUGUUGAAGGCGGCAUUGCCAUGCGGAGCUCACAGCGGCGUAUGGAGGGAUUUGCUGCUCUGUUCUGUUAUAUCUGGGAAAGUCGGUGAUAGAUGCCACUAUAGACUCGGCGUGAUUUCCAGGCUCUGCAUACCGCCGUAUAUUUCAGCUUGUGGCGGAAUACUACGAAAAUCAAUGAUAAUCUAUUUUGAACUAUGUUCGCUGGCUACAAGCAGCUCGGCCAUACCCUG